GUGAUGUCAUGCCGCAAUACUUAAUUAGCCACGCCCGUUUAAUUGCUUGUGACCACGCCUCUUUUAGACCAACCAUUGAACCCAAUGAAGCUAAAGAGAUUCUUCUUGAGGUAUUAUCCUCCUGGCGUUAUUUUAGAAUAUGAGCAGUCGGGGGAGCUCCAUUCCCGUUGCAUUGACCUCUUGGAUCUCCAGCCAGAAUCUGAUGCUAGAAAGCUUGCGUCCGACAUAAUACAGAACGAGAGACUGUUGUCUCCAUCACGGACAGAACAAGUUGUGUCACUUAUACAAAAGCUCCAGCAGAAGCUAAUCCUUUCAAAAGAGAAACGGUUUUAUUUAUUCAAAGUGAUCAAAGCCCACAUGCUCCCACUAACGAACCUCGCCAUGAACAAAUCAGGAUCUUAUUUUAUUACAGGUAGUUAUGACAGAACAUGUAAAGUCUGGGAGACAGCGAGUGGAGAGGAGCUACUGACGCUUGAAGGACACGGGAACGUUGUAUAUUCGGUUGCUUUUAACAAUCCUUACGGUGAUAAGAUUGCUACCAGUUCGUUUGAUAAAACCUGUAAAUUAUGGUGCUCCGAGACUGGGAAGUGUUUCCAUACCUUCAGAGGACACACGCUGGAAGUCGUUAGUGUGGUUUUUAACCCUCAGAGUACCCUCGUCGCCAGUGGGAGCAUGGACACAACCGCUAAGCUAUGGGACGUUGCAAGUGGAGCCGAGAAAGCUACUCUAGCUGGUCAUUCCGCUGAAGUCAUUACGCUUUCAUUUGAUACAGCUGGUGACUCAAUGGUAACCGGCUCAUUCGAUCAUACGGUCUUAGGAUGGGACGUUACUACCGGAAAGAGAAAGUAUGGUCUCAUCGGUCACAGAGCUGAGAUAUCUAACGUCCUUUAUAAUUUUGAUUCCAGCCUGAUAGCGACCAGCUCAAUGGACAGUACAUGUAAACUAUGGGAUGCAAGAACGGGACAGUGUACCGCCACACUGAGGGAUCAUGAAGACGAGGUUCUUGAUCUUGCUUUUGAUUCAACGGGUCAGUAUCUACUGACUGGAUCAGCCGACAGUCAUGCUGUACUCUAUGAUGUUAGAGCCAUGGGAUCUUUUUUAUAUAAACUAUCAGGCCAUUCUGGCGAAAUUAACAAAGUUGUUUUUAACCCUCAAGGCACUAGAUUAUUAACGGCCAGCAGUGAUAAAACUGCUCGUUUAUGGGACUCUUCUAACGGAAACUGUUUGCAAACUCUCGAGGGACACAGCGAAGAGAUAUUCAGUGCCACCUUCAACUAUGAAGGCGACAUUAUUGUUACAGGUAGCAAAGAUAAUACAUGUAGGCUAUGGCGGUGAACUGAUUCACUAGCAACCGGCCAAUAAGCAAUUAAUCACUUUAUUAUUAUUAUUAUUAUUAUUAUUAUUAUUUGUUAUUGUUGUUUUUUUCAAUUUCAAGCAUGGGGUACGAUUAAGAAGUCUAAUUGUACCCAAAGAUAUA